ACGGUACCGCUAGCUAAUUCUAGAAGCUGCACAAUUCGCAACUGGUGUCGCAAAUUUGGCCAUGCUCAUAACCAAUCGCAUCUUCUGGAAUACUGCCAUAGCUUUAGGAAAUACUAGUUGCACAUGCGAUCUUGCUCUUACUAUCAGUGUCACGUCUGGAAUCGCAUAUCGUCUUUGGCGGGCGAGCCGAGAUGUGUCUGGUCUAGCCAAUCACAAUUCCUACAAAACUGCCAUAUACACUGUCAUCGGGUCCGGUGCGAUCUAUACCAGUAGCAUCGUGGUCGUGUGCGCUCUGUACCAGUCCGGCAGCAAUGAUUUUAGCGUGGCAAUUAAUGUUGCUAUCCAGAUUUCUACUUUGACACCACUUCUUAUCAUCGCCAGUGUUAGCUUUGGCCUGAUGCACAGUGCAUACCAUGAGCCAUCAACAUUUACGGAGCCCACUUUCACUCGACCAAUCCAGGUUACAAUCGCCCAGGAGACCCGUACCCACCCUAUAUACACUAUGGAUUCUAUUACAGAAUCUACUGAAAAGAGUCAGAGUGUACGGGUAUAUCAUGACGGCGUAUAGUGAAAUUGGCUAGGAGCACCGCACGGAUUCAAUUUCUCCUAUUGACGGAGGGAGUGUAGACGU